AUGCCAACGUCUCGUCAACGAGCCUUCUGCUGCACACCCGCAAGUGGUGAAUCGCUGUUCAUGCCAGUUCCUUUGGAGUAUCUGUUUGAGAAUCCCCCAGAGAAUGCAGAUGACCCCGACUUCAAUCUCUCGGUAGACGACACCUGGGGCACUGGUGACACUCAAGGCGAUGCUGAUGAAGAGCCUGAAGACGCUGCUUUUGGAUUUGUGGUUAUAACUGCCCCUGAUGAGGUUCAUGUCAGCUUGGAUAAGCGUGAUGGCUCGCCCUGGGAGUUAAUGGACUGCCCCGACAGCGAUAGCGAAGAGGAGCAUACUAUCCGCAUGAUCUGUACCGAUUCCUCCGCGGACAGCAAGUGUGACCACAUUCACCGUGGAAAGGGUGCUCCUGGUACCAUUCUUCAAAUGCCUAGUCGCUGUGGCCCCGGUCGAUAUGCCGUCGCAAAGGAGCUUAAGGAGUCCUAUAACCAGAGUCUCCCGGGUCAUCUGAACAAGCGUGAGCUUGAGGGCAGAUCCGUCUACGACUUGACCUUCGACUACGACUUCAAGCGUGUCCCUCGUGAUUACGGCGAUGCCUUGAUGCGUAUUGACUAUAGUAACCAGCCUGGAUACUGGGACUCUGUUGUCGACAGGCCCGCUAGUGACUCCGAGCGAAAGGCCAAACGCGCAAAGCGGGAUGAAACAGGCUAUCACAAGAACCGAAAGCGCUAUCUCGAAGAUGAAUGGCGUGAUGCGUAUCAUCAUGGUGGUAUGGAGCGCCAUGAGGUCCACAAGCGUUGGUUCGGUGAGGAUAUCCUCAACUUGCUCGGUCAAUUGAUCACUACUGGUGAAGCCGAGGCCACCAAGGAGCUCAACCAUAAGGUCAAUGAGAAAGUCGAGCUCCUUCUCAUCGAUCAGCAGUUCGGACCAUGCCCUGUUGGUGGAGCCCAGGCUCAGGCGAAUAUUCGAUCAUCCAUCACAGCCUCGAUUGAUGUUGAGACCUCUUUCGGUAUAACCAUUAUCACCACCCUCAAGGAGGGCAUGGAUCUCAGCAGAUCCUACCUUUACUUCAGAAACGCCGGAGAGGUUGAAGCUUGGUUUGAACUUGACGCCGUUGCUUCUCUGACGUACUCGACCGGUGAUAUCAAGCUGCUCGGUCUCGACGACUUCCCCGGCGCAACCUUCCGCGUGCCUGGAGUUGUUACGGUCGGUCCGAACCUCGCAGUCUAUGCCUCUGCAGAUGCCUCGAUUGUUCUAGCGGGACAUCUGGAAGCAGACGUUACUCUCGCAUCCUGGGAAAUUCAACAGACCUACCCUCAAAACGAUGAAUACCCAGAAAAAGCCCUCGAUGAGCCCGACCGUGAGGCUAAGACCAUUGGCAAGCCCCAUUUCGAUGCCUCUGUCUCUGCCAACGGCGAGAUUGCCUUGCAUCUGAAGCCAACUGUCAGCUUUGGAAUUGACUUCGAUGACCGCUGGAAGAUACCCCGGUGUUCCGUUGAUCUUGUCCUGGAUGGAUAUGUGAUCGGACAUGCGGAAGCUUCCUACUCACUCAACGGGGACAACAGCUGCCCAUUCAGCUAUGGUAUUGAUGCUGGUUCAAAGAUGUACGCUCAGCUUGACGCCCCUGAGGAAUUUGGCGAUCUCCGAGUCACGCUCGCAGAGGUGCCCAGGAAGCAAAUCACGCCUUCAACCUGCGUUGGUGAGAAGGGCAAGCGAACUUUGCUAGGCUAUGAAGCAUACAAUUCUUCCGUGGAAGACUCUUCCUCGCGUAGAAAUGAAUACAUGCCUAUGCCUGUUUCUCAUUCCAUUGCCAAGCGUGACACACUUACCCUUGGUCACGAUCGCCGAUGA